UUUGUCAACAAGCCGCAAAUCAUCGUCGUGGGAGACCAGGGCUCCGGCAAGAGCUCCGUCCUCGAGGCCAUCUCGCGCAUCCACUUCCCCGUCGGCGAUGGCAUCUGCACGCGGUUUCCCAUCGAGCUGGUGCUACGGAGAGCUCCUCGAGAGAGCACCUAUCUGGAAGUCUUCUUUUCGCGAACCACGCGGACAAGAGAGCCAUUCAUCCAUGUGGGAUUUUCAAGAGACGAGUUGCCGGCUCUCAUCACCAGGGCAAAGGAGCACAUGGGCCUGGAAGAUGGAAAGGCCACGGGCUUCUCGAGAGACAUCCUGCUGAUCGAAAUGGAGGGCCCAGACCUCCCUUCGGUGACUCUGGUCGAUCUGCCCGGCGUCAUCCAUCCUGGCUUCUCGUCACAGCUUCAGGACUGGAAGCCCGUUGUCGAUGACUUGGUCGAUAGCUACAUGAGGCGGCCAAACAGCAUCAUCCUCACGGUUGUCUCAGCAGACGUUCCACUCUCCGCACAUGCCGUCUUGAACAAGGCGGCGAGAUUUGAUCCUGAUGGAGACCGCACCAUUGGAGUCAUCACCAAGCCCGAUCUCUGCCCAAGCACAAACAUAGAAGAUCAAUACAUCAAGCUUGCCAAAGGGCAAGAGUCCAACCACCAUCUGCCACUUGGUUGGCAUGUUUUGCGCAAUCGUGGAUCCAAAGAGCCAGCAAUGGACUACGACGAGAGAGACCUUGCAGAGGACGACUUUCUCGCAGAAGGGACUCGGAAAUGGUGGAGGCUGCCUUUAGACAAGGUAGGAGUCGAUGGCCUUCGGAGAAAUCUGGCAGAAGUUCUCCUCAACCACCUUAGAAGCAGGCUCCCAGAUCUUAUUGGAGAGGUUGAAACCGAGAUUGCGAUUGGCCAGACGCGCCUCAAGAGGAUAGGAGCAUCCAGAGCCAACAUCAACGAGAUGCGAGACUAUCUGCUCGGCAUAUCGGCCACUUUCCACAGGCUGGCAGAGCAUGCCGUUGAAGGACGGUACAACGAUCCAUUCUUUGCGAGUCCCACCGUGCAAGAAACUAGCAGGAUCAAGUUCAGAAAGCUGAGGGCUUUGCUUCGAAACUUGAAUCGGGCGUUUCAUCUCACCAUGAAGCGCAAAGGAGCCAGAUACAAGAUUCAAUGGGAGCAUGAGCAGCAAGACAACGGCGUGGGCGCAGAAGAGCAGAUUUCCAACUACAUGGCCGAUGCUGAGUCCCCGGAAUAUCUCCAGCCUUAUCUCGACCUGUACGAUUUCCCAGACCCGACGCCAAAGUCAGAGGCCACGGUCAACACCAGAAUCGAGCGAAUCGCUUCCGGCAGCCAGGGCGUUGAAUUUCCCGGCGUGCCAAACAGCGAUCUCAUCAUGCAGCUUUUCCGUGAUCUCUCUGAGCCAUGGACACGCAUUGCUCUCCGCCACAUUGACAUUGUCGUCGAACGGACGAGACUCUUUGUCUACCAUUUGUUUGACUACAUCUUGGAAGACGACACAAAGACUCGAGAUGCCAUCCUGGCCGAGUACGUGGAUCCUGUGUUUGAAACCACCAUCGAGACGCUCAAGAGCAAGUUGACCGAGAUUAUGCGCCCCUACACGUCGGGCCAUGGCCUUCCACUUGAUUUGGAGUUUCGAACGGGGAUCUCAAAGCGCAAGCUUGCGCUCAUGGAUGCGAAUGGCAUGACGCUGAGUAGCGACUUUGGAGCGGAUGUUGUUAUCGACAUGAUGUUGACGCAUUACGAGGCAAGCCUCAAAACCUUUACAGACAACGUCAUCCACCUAGUCAUCGAAAACUGCCUCGUUUCUAACCUCCCCGACAUCUUCUCCACAAAGAUUGUAACGCAGAUGAGCGACGACACACUCAGACAAGUCGCCGAAGAGUCGCCCAAAGUGAGGGAAGAAAGAACCAAGCUGGAGGAUGAGAUUGAGAAACUGAGACUCGGACUGCAAGAGUGCCAGCGUUCCAGACCUAGAAAUUUCUCAGCCUUAAAGCCCGUAUUUGGGUCUCAAAACCCUCCAAAAGCGGCUGCUGAUUCCUCUGGCUCUGAUUCUACUGCGGCGAAUACAACUACAACUGCCAAGCCUGUAUUUAGCUCUCCGGACCCCCCAAAGGCGACUGUGGGCUCUACAUCUAAUUCUACUGCAUCUCCAGCUCCUGUUGCUGCGUUUGGCUCUGUACUUUUGGCCAAGAAUGCCGCCCAAGUACCGUCUCUUGGUGGUGACAAGGCCCCGGCUGCAGCUUUUGGUUCAGUCCCGGUAGCCAAACCGUCUCUUUUUGGUGCAGCAGCCACGACUACUCAAGCUCAGGCCCCCAAGUCGUCUCUUUUUGGCUCUGGUGCAACAACUACAUCUUCUCAAGCUCCUGCUCCCAAGUCGUCUUUUUUCAGUUCUGGUGCAACAACUGCUCCCAAGUCGUCUUUUUUCAGUUCUGGUGCAACAACCUCGACUUCUCAAGCCCCUGCUCCCAAGUCGUCUUUUUUCAGUUCUGGUGCAACAACCUCGACUUCUCAGGCCCCUGCU